GCGAUUUGCCGACCUCAGCCCUCAACCUGGAUGAUGCAUCCGCCAGAUUCCCCACGAAUGCUCUUAUUAGCUUUUCAAUGGGAUCAUUUUGCUGGAGAAAACAUGACCAUGGUCACAUUCUUCGUUAUCUGCAUCGCGGCCGUGCUCACCGCCGAGACACAGAGCCUCUUCUUGCCCAAGAGCGUGGCGCAGAACCUGGGGGCCCGGGAGCGCGUCAUCGAACCGAAGAAGAGGCCCUUCUGCAACGCUUUCACAGGCUGCGGCCGCAAGCGGUCCAACCUACCACCUCUCCCGGAGCAGCGCGAACUAACCGACGAAUCCAUAGGGAGCCUUUUAGAAUUGAGUGCGGAACCGGCGAUCGAGGAUCUCUCCAGACAAAUCAUGUCGGAGGCCAAGCUGUGGGAGGCAAUCCAGGAAGCUAACAUGGAGUUGAGUCGACGUCGGCAGGAGUCUGCCGAAAGCUCGGAAGAGGACGUUGCUGUUCCUGCUCGCAGCGCCGCAGGUUCCUGCGCUCUACCUCCUUGCUAUAUUUAAUCUCAAACAUCUCUCAUAUUUGAGACAUUUAAUAAGAUUAUGUUAGAUCGAGACAAUGUAUGUAUUGGCAUAAAUUAUUUUGCGACGAGUGUAACUGAUGCUUUUUUGUAAAUUUCGAUUUUGAAUAAAGCCAUAACGAUA